UCUAGCGGUGUCGUUCUUUGAACCCCACGUCGUGUCAUCCUGUUACCCGAAGAAAAUCGCCAGUCAUGACAUAUUGAGGCGAUGUCCACUUACACAUACAACACGGAUGCCCAAGUUGGCGAAUCGUCGGCAUGCGCGACGGCACUACUCUGCGGAGUUAAAGCCAAUUACGAGACCGUUGGUCUGGAUUCGUCGGCGCACUUCGAGGAUUGUUACUCCAGUUUCGAGGCGCGCGUUCCUUCGCUUAUUAAUUGGGCCCAGGAACAAGGCAAAUCGACAGGGCUGGUUACAACCACCAGGGUCACACAUGCGACACCAGCGGCUCUUUAUGCGCAUGCAGCCAGCCGUUACUGGGAGGACGAUGGAAAGGUGCCACCUGCUGUACGUACCUCCUGCAAAGACAUCGCGCGUCAGCUGCUCGAGGACGACCCCGGCCGUAACAUCACCGUUGUGCUCGGUGGCGGCAGACGUCAUUUCGUACCGAAGGUGACUUUAGAUCCCGAAGAGCCAGAUAAAGAAGGCAGACGACUGGACGGUCGAAAUCUCAUCGAGGAGUGGUCCAGAAAUCAUCGUCGGAAGAAUAUACCCGCAAGAUACGUCUUUAACAAGGAGCAAUUUGAGAACGUGGACCCGCGAAAAGUGAACCGUCUCUUAGGUCUUUUCGCCUAUUCUCACAUGGACUUCGAUGUCGACCGAAAUACGAACGACACCGGCGAUCCUUCUCUAGCCGAGAUGACGAUUAAGGCACUUCGGAUACUUGCGAACAAUCCCGAGGGAUACUUCCUCUUCGUGGAAGGUGGAAGAAUCGACCAUGCUCACCAUUACAACAAUGCUUAUCGCGCGCUGGAUGAGACCCUGGCGUUGGAGGAAGCUGUCCAGGCAGUUAUGAAGGAGGUAGAUCUCACGGAAACGCUUCUUGUGGUAACGGCGGAUCACUCACACGUAUUAACCCUCGGCGGACUGGCGACACAUCGCGGGAAUCCCAUAUUCGGUUCUGACAGCAAGUUGUCGGACAUUGACGGACAGCCCUACACAACGUUGCUGUACAGCAACGGCCCGGGUUAUACACAGCCGCGGACUAUCCUGCGGGAGGCUGGGAAGGAUUCCAUUCAGACGGCGGGUGUGCCGAGGGCGUGGGCGACGCACGGGGGCGAGGACGUGCCGGUGUUUGCCAUCGGGCCCCUAGCGAGCACCCUGUUCUCCGGCAGCAUCGACCAGAGCUACAUUCCGCACGCGAUCGCCUACGCCGCCUGCCUGGCCCAUCAUGCUAGCCGUUGCUCACGGGAUCCUGCAGGCGGUAAUGCCAGCGACACAAUGAGCUCCGCACCGAUAAGCUGUCCCUCGGCGGAGCCCAACAGCGCGGCGAUAUCAAGCGACGUGAUGAACGGCCACCAGGCGCGAAAUCAACCCACGAAAUCCGCCGGUCCUCGCUGUUUAUCCGCCCCGUUGCUGCUACUGCUGCUGAUGCUCAUGAUGCCCCCCGUUCUGCCGAUUUUCCGGUGUCCCUUGAAAAGGACGAGUUAAUGCGACCCUCUUCCGCGUGUCCGAGAGUGGCCAUCUAUGUGACGUCGACGAUACACGACAGUCGAGAACCCACCGAAAUACUCGCGUCCUGGGCACGGUAAUAAACGGUCGAUUGAGCGACCGCAGUGUAAAUUUGACGGGACGGGAACGGCGAUGAGAGUGGCCGUUUUGAGAGCGAGCAGUGUAAUAUCGUCUCUCGCCGGUGAACCGUUAAACGGAUCGUUUGCGCCGGCAACGAUCACGCUGCAGAAAAUCGCUGAGUGUUGGUGUAAGCGACAGGAUAUAACGCGUAUGAGUUUUUGGUGAAACGGGAACGGAAAUCUAAUAGGCGAGAUUCCUGGCGACGAUCCUCUCGUCGUAAAGAGAACGAAAGUGUAUCUGCAUUCCUCGUAAGACUCGAGUCGGUUGACAAAUCGACGACGGAUCGGGUGUUCGGACGAACGGAUCGAUACACGACGUUGACGAGAGCUAAAACGUCAUCGUGGUGUGCGUAUCAUUCCUAAAUUCUCUCGUGUAUUUUCAGCUUCGGUGUUUCGGAACAUGAAAAACGCGACUAUUCGUAUUAUAUACUUCACGCAAGUUUAAUUGAUACACGUUCUUGUUUGAGGUCACCCAAAGAUUCUACAAACUUUCCGCUAAUGAUUAAAGCUUCUUCAAUAAAGAGCUUUAAUAAGAGAUUGGAGGUUGGAAGCGGAGCUUCUUGCUCACUCAUAUUAUUUCAAGAUUUUUAAAAUAUUUAUAUUUUUUAUUUAUACUUUCUAUAUAAUUUAAACAUAUCCAUUUUAUAUUGAUUAUUAAUCACAUUUGAAGAAAUAUUUCUCGUUUAUGUUAUUUUUUUCUGAAAAAUGUAAUGCUUACAUCAGAAGAUUAUUAAUCAUCAAUCGACUUUGCGAAAUAUUUCGAAAUUAUCGUUACUCUGUAACUAUGAAUUUUUUAAUCAAUUUAAAAGCUAAUAUUUUUUAAUAGAAAUCAAGGUUUUGUUAAGAGUAGAAAAUUCACUUGAAAUUAAAUGCAUCUCCUUUUCGAAAAAUAAUUAUAUUAUGAAAUUUAUGAAUAUUAGUUGAGAUUCUUGUUAAAUUAAAUGAUAUAACGCUUUUGAUUGGCGUUCUUUGUUAAAAGAAGUAAAGCUGAUUUCAAUCUACAAUUAGUUAAGGAAUCUGGAAAUGAGAAAUGAUUAUCUUGCAUAUUUCUCUGUCUCUCGAACGUUGAGUUAUGUAAUUUUUGAAAAAUACAUCUUCUGCCGUGCGCUAGUAUUUGUUACAACACACAUAACCGAGUGAUAACCGCGGUUUUGCCGAUCCCAUAAACCGAUGGAUAAGACGUAAUACAUAAAAUAACUCUCGAAUAUUUUGGGAGUUUAAAGUAAAUCAUAAAUAAAAAUGUAAAUAUAUUAGGAGUAAAGCAGACAAUGUGUAUAAUAUCUUGAGACGUGUGUUUCCUCGCAUCGAAUUAUGUAAAUUACAUAUAACAUUUAACCACCGAAUCGAGACGGACUCUUUGCCCCAGCGCACAUUCACAUCCCCAAUUCUAGUCACGUCUAUUUCAUUUUUGCACAUUGUGCGCAGGGUCAUUUCGAAUUGGACCAGAAAGUGGUGUUCAUAACGUGAUUAACGAUUUUUGGCAAAUUUUAUUUUCGCACCGAACGAUUGAAAGGAAAGAUGACGUAAAUGUAUUUUUCCGCUUCACGUAUAUUACGCUAUGCUUGACUUAUACUACUUUCGUUUCGAGCCUCUCGUAACGCAGAUUAGUUUCUAGGAGCAACUUUGUCGCGACAGGAUUUGAAAUGAGAAUUAGAGAGUCGCGCACUGUUUAACUCAAUUAGUCAAAACAAACUGUCGCGAAUCUCUCAGAUUUGUCCGUUUUCGGGCGAAUGUAUAAUUGAACAAUCGUCCCCGCUUGUCUUUCGAAGCACAUUCGUAAUGUACAGCGCUACGCGAGAAAAUCGAGAUUCGCCGGGGUUUCGGCGCGGGACUCUCAUGUAUUUGUGACUAGCGCCGAGGGAGUUGCAGUUGCGAGCUGAGAGAGAGUCCCUCUGCCAUUCAAUCCUCCAGAAUUCGUUAUCACAAGAAGCGCUCCCAAGUCCGAGUUUUAUCUCUACUUUUAAUGAGGCGAUACGAUAAUUUUAUAGAGCGCUUUGUGCGUGUUUGCGAGCGCGAAUGCUAUUUGCCUUUUUACGUGCUUAAUCGUGGCUUUGACUCACGGCUCCUCUGUAAAUUUGCGAGCUAAUUGCGCCGAAGGAUUGCUUUGUUUUAAUUAUCUUCCAACUGGCGGAUGUUAAUGAAGUUAAUAAAUCAUGCGUGAAAAAAAUAAAAACAUGUACCGUUUAUCUUAAAUGUGAAAGAUAUCUUGCAAACGGAUAGUCGAAAAAUAAUAUUCGGAAUUCAAGUACUUCUGUGUCUACUGUUUCACAGAGAUUACAUUGUAAUUCUUAAGUCUUUUUAAUAAUACAUAUGGCUUACACAGUUUAGCACACAAUAAAUACAUAGACGAAAUGAUUACAAUUGAUUUAUAUUAUUUUUUUAUUGAUCUAUUCAUCAGAUUUAAUUUAUCAGAGUUAAAUCCCAAAGUCUACCAAAGAUACAUAUAUUGAAUUAACAAUUUUGUGUAGGAUAAAUGAAUAAUAUAAUAUUUUUCGAAUUUUACUUUUAUUUUAUUUUACAAUAAUACCUACUUAUACAAUAUUGUAAUACUUUUAUUUUACUUUUAUUUCGCUUCCAAUUUCAUAAAUUAUAACGUAUGCGUUUUCGAAGAAAUAUGAUUCGUUUUCUACACUCGAUUAUAUAAUUUUCUGUAUUAUAUUAUAGGUAUCUCUAUAGUAGAAUUCGGCAAAAAUAUUGGCAAAAUAAUUGCAACGAGUUGCUGUUUUCGUUCCUCCAGCAAACUUGUGUCGGUGAGAAAUAGCCAAAAUUUUAUAACAAAAAUAGCACGCGAGCAAUAUACCUUCGAGCAAUAUAUCACGGAAUUUUUUAUUUAUAUAUAUCCUCCGUCGAUCUUGAAAUAUUGAAAUCAGUCCCGAAUAUUGUAAAAAAAUGAAAGCAGUACGUUAAUAAACGGCGGUAUCGAGAUGGCGAGGGGUUUCUUAAAGGUCGAUGGGCACUUUGGCAGAGUAAAUUCGGUGUACAUAUUUUCGGAACGAGAUGUUUUUAUAUAUCGCGCAUAAAAAGUGACGCAACGUAAAUCUUUUCGCGCAUGCAUCGCCUCGGUUUAUAGAUAAACGCCAUAAAAUAGUUAUACCGUUUAAUAGCAACGAAUAGCCGAGAAUGCGGCCCAGAGGACGAACGGAAUUCACAUCCGGGACCGACUUGUUAUCCUUGACGCGAACGACGAGAGAUCCGCGCGACGAUUACGCUUUUCAUGGCCCAGCCAUGGGCUUUAAUUGCAGACGCAAACGUGCGCGAAAUAAGAAACUAUAAGGGACGAUAUUAAAUCGGAGGUUGUGCGUCGUUUAUCCGACGAGAUCGGCAAACCGACUCCAUCGGAAUACGAAUUGCCGCAUUGUUAUAAAUCAUAUUUUAUACAACCGGUUUGAUAAGAGAUGGAAUGUCAUUUUUCCGUGUGAGAUAAACUUCUCAUAAAAUGUCAAGACACGCGCAGUUUAAAAACUCUCAAUCUUUAGAAAUAGCGCAUCAAGAAUGCUAGUAACGAAAUCUUAUUUUUCAAUUAAUUAUGAAUGAAAUUUACUUUACGAAGAUCUUAAUUCGUGGUAUAGUUUUUGAGAUACUUAAUGUUUAAAUUUUAAAAAGACUAUAAACAAAAUGUAAUAAAAUGUAACGUUCAAUUAUACUUUGGUAAAAAAAAAUGAUUUCAAUUCUCUUAAAAAGAUUCGACGCUUUAUAAAAAUAUUAAGACAUUUUGUGAAAAGGCUAAUUUUGAAAAAAUUCUGCCACGUAUGUGUAGAUAUUUGAGAUGUUACAAAA